AUGGAGGCAGAGAUCAGAGCUCAGAUAAACAUCGACCCGGUUGUGUCGGACUAUGCAGUGGGCUAUUUGAACCACGCAGCAAACUCCUUCACCGACACAGACCCCAACGGCCCUUCGCCGCUAGAGGAGGCUGCCGCAGCCGUCACCGCGCUGUUGCUAUCGGCAUCAGGUGACUUGUCAAGCCAGAAUGAGACGACGAUCCACAAUCUGGUGGAGAAGUUCAUCUCGCAACUCAGUGCGGCAAAUGGCGUCGACGGCGAGCGGCGGCAAAUGGCGCCCUCAGCACGCAAGCUGGAUCAAACCAUACACGUUGGCUCGCAGCGGAAUAUCUCGUCGACGUUGGGACUCACCGGCGGGAACGUGGACCUCGAGUCUGCAAAUGCCAGAAAGGUCGAAUCCAGGGUAGACCGUAAGAAGCUCGAGAAGGCGGAGCGGAAACUGCGAGCCAAACAAGACCGCAAGGAAUUCAAGAAUGUCGAAUACGAAGCAUCCAGGCUUCUUAACCAGCCCGAUGAGACGCAGUCCUACGAGGAGUUCUUCAUGGCUGUUAAUCCGCUACAGUUGGGUUCAGACCAGAGUACUAAGAGCAAGGACAUCAAGGUUGAUAGCAUCGAUGUUGCCAUCGGCGGAAAACGUAUUCUGAGCGACACCACUUUGACACUUGCAUUCGGCCGCAGAUACGGUCUCGUAGGCCAGAACGGUAUAGGCAAGUCGACAUUACUUCGCGCGCUCAGCCGCAGAGAGGUUGCGAUCCCAACGCACAUUUCCAUUCUCCACGUAGAACAAGAGAUUACUGGAGACGAUACGCCUGCCCUGCAAGCCGUUUUGGAUGCUGAUGUCUGGCGAAAGCAUCUACUUAAGGAACAGGAUAAAAUUGCGAGAGAGCUUGCAGACCUCGAGGCGGAGCGAGCGUCUAUGGCAGAUACCUCUGCAGAUGCCGUCAAACUCGACAAGCACCGCGAAGGGCUGGACGCCACGUUGAGUGACAUCCAUGCGAAGCUGUCAGAAAUGGAAUCAGACAGGGCCGAAUCUCGAGCUGCUACCAUCCUCGCUGGCCUCGGCUUUUCCCCUGAGCGGCAGCAGUUCGCCACCAAGACCUUCUCUGGAGGCUGGAGGAUGAGAUUGGCCCUUGCACGUGCUUUGUUCUGCGAGCCUGAUCUUUUGCUACUGGACGAACCGUCAAACAUGUUGGACGUCCCGUCCAUUACCUUCCUCUCAAACUAUUUACAGGGCUACCCCAGCACACUUUUGGUUGUCUCUCACGACAGAGCUUUCUUGAACGAAGUCGCGACAGACAUCAUCCAUCAACACUCAGAGCGGCUUGACUACUAUAAGGGAGCUAACUUCGCAGAUUCUUUCUACGCCACAAAGGAGGAGCGCCGGAAAACCGCAAAGCGAGAGUAUGAGAACCAAAUGGUCCAGAGGGCUCAUCUUCAAAGCUUCAUCGAUAAGUUCCGCUACAACGCUGCAAAGUCAUCAGAAGCCCAGUCGCGUAUCAAAAAACUGGAAAAGAUGCCUGUUCUCGAAGCGCCAGAGAGCGAGUACAUUGUGCACUUCAAGUUUCCACCAGUCGAAAAGCUUUCCCCGCCAAUCAUCCAGAUGAGUGGCGUCACGUUUGGCUACACGAAGGACAACCUGCUUCUACGAAACGUCGAUCUUGAUGUGCAGCUCGACUCGCGGAUCGGCAUCGUUGGUCCCAACGGUGCUGGUAAGACCACGGCACUGAAGCUGCUCAUCGGUGCCCUGGAGCCAACUUCGGGUCUGAUCUCGCAAAAUCCGCGUCUGAGGAUCGGCUUCUUUGCACAGCAUCACGUCGAUGCGCUUGACAUGUCUGCAAGCGCCGUUGGUUUCAUGGCUGCGAAGUUCCCCGGCAAGUCUGACGAGGAGUACCGCCGUCAUCUGGGUGCGUUCGGCAUCACGGGAAUGACGGGCUUGCAGAAGAUGGCUCUGCUCUCUGGAGGACAGAAGUCGCGUGUGGCGUUUGCGUGCCUGUCGCUGACGAACCCGCACAUCCUUGUGCUCGACGAGCCGUCUAAUCACUUGGAUAUCGAAGCGAUGGAUGCGUUGUCGGAGGCACUGCAGAAGUUCGAGGGCGGCGUGCUGAUGGUCAGCCACGACGUCACGAUGCUGCAGAACGUUUGCACGAGUCUGUGGGUGUGCGACCAUGGCACGAUUGAGCACUUUGACGGGACGGUUAAGGAUUAUAAGAAGAGAAUUAUGGCGCAGGCCAACGCUGCGGGGGUUGUUCAGGCUCAAUAG